AUGGAUCGACUCAAAAGUACCCAAACCAAAGAUUUAGUCUUUAGUCAAGUUCCACGUGAGAAAUAUGUCCUUCUCCAACAAACCUUCCGACAGCUAAAUCAUCAUUAUGUUCGUCGAACGAGUGGGGCUAGUGGUACUUCAUCCACAGCAACCCCAAGUCAAAUUACCAAUGCAAGAACAAGUUCUUCAAGUGGCCCUGGAAGGACAUUACCCCUUGCUUCACAUAAGGUAAAAGUAACUUUCCGUGAUGAACCUGGAGAAGGUACUGGAGUUGCGCGUCAUUUUUAUGCCGCUGUUGCAGAGGUUGAUUUUGAUGUUUUUUAA